AUGAUGGACCAUAAUGACGAUUGGGUCUUUGUCUCGGACGUUGACGACGAGCCAGAGCCGCCUUAUCUCCGCGAUAUCAGCUCCUAUGUCGACAACAUUGCCGACUCCUUGUGGCCGGUGAACAAGACGAUCCACGAUAACCCUGAGCUGGGCUACAAGGAACGCAUUGCCCAUGACACCCUCGUCCGGUUUAUGAGGUCCCAAGGUGGUUGGAAAGUGACUCCUUCGGCCUACGGCCUCGAGACAGCAUGGAUAGCGGUGCACGACACUGGACGUAAAGGACCGGCGGUCUCCUUCAACGUCGAGAUGGGUAUGAAGGCGGAGGCAUCGUUUUACGGUCCAGGACCAUACGCUAACAUCAUACUACCAGAUGCUCUUGUGGGGAUAGGCCACGCCUGCGGACAUAACCUUAUCGCGACGGCGUCGCUGGCAGCCGGCCUCGCAGUAGCAGAGCUGAUGCGGCAGCACUCCUUGCCCGGGAAGGUCAUUCUCUUCGGCACGCCCGCCGAAGAGGGUGGCGGCGGCAAGAUCAAGCUGAUCGGCGCCGGCGCGUACAAGGACCACGGAGUCGAUAUCAACCUGAUCUCGCACCCGGGCAUCACGCAAAACAGCGCGCUGAUGCGGACGACGGCAUACACGCGCUUCAAGGUUGAGUAUUUCGGCCGCGAGGCCCACGCGGCCGCGAACCCCUGGCUCGGCAUCAACGCCCUCGACGCCCUGGUCACGGCGUACAACUCGCUAUCCGUGCUGAGGCAGCAGACCAUGCCGGGCGACAUCAUCCAGGGCCACAUCACGGACGGCGGCGCGGCGCCCAACAUCAUCCACGCCUACGCCGCGGGCGUGUUCGUCGUGAGGGCGGACACGCGCGCCCGGCUGGGGGAGCUCAAGAAGAAGGUCGACGGGUGUUUCGAGGCGGGGGCCACGGCCACGGGCGCGCGGCUCAGGAUGACGGAGGAGCAGGCGUACGCGGACCACGUCCCCAACCGGGUGUUGGCGAGGAGUUACACCCGGUACUUCAACUGCCUGGUGCCUGGGAAAGAUGAUCCGUCUGGGUCGCCUAUCUCGAGGAUACCAGUUGACCAGGAUGUGGACGAGGCGAGGGGGGUGACGAGGGCUAGCACGGAUCAGGGCGAUAUCAGCUACCAGAUGCCCAGUUUGAGCGUUGGCUUUUCGAUCGUCCCCGGUGCAGGGGGACAGGGCCCUCAUAACCCUGAGUUCGCGGACUCAGCUGGAACGAGGGAUGCGUUUGAGCGAUGUUUGAGGGUCGGCAAGGCAAUGGCAGGGACAGCUUUGGAUGUGUUGUCUGAGAGGAAAUUGCUCAAGGAUGUGCAAUCUGCUUGGAAGAAGGAUAUGGAAAGGUACAGAUAA